AUUCGACCGUUGGAAUGAAACCGCAUCGCCCCGGCACGAGGAGGGUCAAAAGAAAACUGAAUCCGCAGCACCACUUCACGACCGUUGCGCGCACACUUCAAACACCCCAAAGCGCCCAGUCCUCCCCGUCAAGCCAGUCAUCAGCCCACAUCGUCGCUGGUCAAGAAAGCGGAACUGCAAAGAGGUUAGGGAGAGAGGAUUACUGCUGCUCCGUCGCCGAUCGCUGCGCCGAUGGGGUGCAUCUCGUCGAAGCUCCUCCCGCCGGGGCCCGGAGGCCACGACGCCGGCGCGCGUGCCACCGUGCGCGGCCGCGUCGACCACGUCGUCUCCCUCACCUCCACCACCUAUGGCGUCCUCGACCUCCAAACCAAGCACGGGGUCGCCACUGCGGCAUCAUGCCAAGCCAAGGAGCAGCUGCCGCCGCCGGAGCAGGACAAGCCGAUAAGCAGGGAGUGGAAGCGCGCCUCCAGCAAGCGCCCGCCGCCUCUCGUCGUCCCGGAGGUCAAGAAGCCGGCGCCGGCGCCGGCGGCCAAGCCGGAGUCCGGCAUGGAGGUGAUCAAUGCGUGGGAGAUCAUGGCCGGGCUGGAGGACGCCGAAUCGCCUGCGAAGAAGCCGGCCAAGCCGGGCCGUUGGUCGCCAGCCAGGGUCCUGGCCAUGGCCCUGUCGUCGCCCAAGAGGUCCUCGGCGAAGCGGAGGAACACGCCGGGGAAGGAGAACAGCCCGCUGCAGAGGUGCUCCGGGAACAACAGCAAGCCCAGCGACGUGGCCGACGAGGACAGGGUCCUCCGGCCGUACAACUCCAUCGACAACUCCAAGCUGUCCAGGGCGUCCAGGAGAUUCUCCUCCCCGGCCAGCGCCCGGAUCAUCCGGAAGCCCAACGCUGCUGCCGAGAGCGGCGGCAUGUCCUCUUCGCGUCGGAGCCUGAGCCCGCUGUUCGAUCCGGAGCUCCUCGCGUCCAUCGAGCGCGAGCUCUCGGAAGAAGGCGCACACAUCAAGCGCGUGGUUGGGUCCGAGAAGCCCAAGCAGCCGAAGGUGGUGCCGGCGAUCGUGGCGGAGGGCAAGUGCCCGCCCGGCGGCGCGGACGCCGUCGUGCUCUACACCACCACCCUCCGCGGCAUCCGCAGGACGUUCGAGGAGUGCAACGCGGUGCGCGCCGCGAUCGAGGCCCACGACGUGAAGGUCAUCGAGCGGGACGUGUCCAUGGACUCGGGCUACCGGGAGGAGCUGCGGCUGCUGCUGGGCGGGCGGGAGCUGCGCGUGCCCGCCGUGUUCGUCCGGGGCAAGCACGUCGGCGGCGCGGCCGAGGUGACGAAGCUGGAGGAGGAAGGAAAGCUCAGGGCGAUGCUCCAGGGGCUGCCGCGGGCGCGGGUCUGGUGCGCGGGAUGCGCCGGCGUGCGGUUCGUCAUGUGCAGGGACUGCAACGGCAGCCGCAAGGUGCGCGUCGACGGCGAGAAGAAGGAGACGGUCCAGUGCGGCGAGUGCAACGAGAACGGCCUAGUCCGGUGCCCCAUCUGCUCGUGAUUGAGGUUGAAGCUGUCUUGGAUUGGGUUGAUUUGCUUGUCUACCCGGUCUGGUGGUCUUUGAGCCUCGGCUCUGAUUUUGCGAUGUGUGCUUGUUGUUGCGCUCUGCAACGGCUAAUUUAACCAAAUGUAAUCUGUGCCCGUUCAUAUUGUUUCGUAUGCAAUUCAAUUGGUUUUUUUAUUGUUUCGAGUUGAAGCUUUCAAAGACUUUAUAUUGCUAUUGCAAAUUCGCCAUUUGGUUGUAUUAAA